UGCCACAACCAAAAAACACACGCUACUCUCUUUCAACGCAGCCGUGCUCUAACUUGUAAUGAACAGAAGCGAGAGAGGCGCAUCAGCCUGAGAAACUGGCCAUCAGCCAAUCAGCGUAGGCUUUUCCUACCCGACUUGGCAGUGGAUGGUACGUAGACGAUGUCAAGCGAACCAAUCAGAACGCUCAUUCAACCUCACACUUAUUAUAUUAACGUAGUCGUUUGAAACCCGGGCACAAAAUUUGAAGCAUGUGAUUGUCAUUCACAGUUAUAUUGGCAAUAGCAUUCGCACUGCGACUCGUCGCCGCUUGCAGUACCUCAAUUCCGACGGGGGCCAGUGGAAGUUCUUGAAAAUCGGGAAAAUAUAGUGUUAUAUGUAUAUUAAUUAAUUGCUUUGAAAUAGUACCAAGUGUAAUCAAAUAAUUCGGUGUUUAAAUUAAAUAUAAUACAAAUACAAAUAUAAAUAUGAAAACGAAUAGAAUUCGUAUUUGUAUCCGAAUAUGAAACAAAAGUGUAAAUACGAUAAAUAGGUUCUAUAAAUUCAGUGCUUAAAAUGCUCUUUUAACACAAUAUAACAAAAGGAACAAGUCUAAUUUCUCAAAUAUAAACAAAGGCCGUGCUGCUCAUGUCACAAAAUUAUAUGACAAUAAAGGAUUGACAAGUACACAUAUAUGAACAUACUUUAUCCUGGCGCGGCACUACCAAGAGACCAUCUGCGUGAAUUGUGCAAGUCGCUGCAUGUAUUCGUACCCGCCCGCAGCGAACUCUGAAAAGAGCACGAUUUGAGUUGGAUUUUGAAUUCAUUUUUGAAUGCCAUACAAAAAAAAAAAAAACUCAAAAAAACUAAACAACAAGAUUAACCAACAAGCAUCAGUAGUCAGACGCUGGUGCGUUUAUUAUAUCAAUUAGAUUUGGUAAUUAUGUUCACGCUGCAACCAAACCCGGCCAGCUUAGGCACAGUACCAUGGUCAGCAGGAGCGCUGAUUGAGCGACUGCCAUCGCUGGAGGACCACAAAGACAAUGUUCUUGCUAUGAGAAAUUUGCCGUGUUUGGGUGUCGCUAGUACUCCCGGAUUAAGCGGAAUGGUGGCAAAGGCAACUGCUGCUGGGAUGGAAACCGCUGAUGGAACCACUGGCACAGUACCACAGCAACCACAUACCACAUCAUCGUACUUUGCAACAACUUAUUACCACUUAACUGAUGAUGAAUGCCACAGUGGGGUCAAUCAAUUGGGCGGAGUAUUUGUUGGUGGACGGCCAUUACCCGAUUCGACUCGACAAAAAAUUGUCGAGUUAGCUCAUUCCGGAGCUCGACCGUGUGAUAUAUCUCGCAUCCUACAAGUCUCUAAUGGAUGCGUUAGCAAAAUUUUGGGCAGAUAUUACGAAACAGGAAGUAUUCGACCACGGGCUAUUGGAGGCUCUAAGCCAAGGGUCGCCACCGCUGAGGUUGUUAGUAAAAUUUCCCAGUACAAACGAGAAUGUCCUAGCAUAUUUGCUUGGGAGAUUCGAGAUAGAUUAUUACAGGAAAAUGUUUGCUCAAAUGAUAACAUUCCAAGUGUAUCAUCUAUAAACCGCGUUUUACGAAACUUGGCGGCCCAAAAAGAGCAACAAAGUAGUGGAUCGAGCCAGAGCAUCAGUUCGCAUAGCAAUCCCAACCCAAGCCGAAAUGGAACACCUAAUACCGUUAUAGUUAGUGGACUGUCGAGCAGCGCCGGGUCAAGCUCUACAAACGAUCUGAUACAAACAGCGACACCACUAAAUUCAUCGGAGAGCGGUGGGGCUAGUAACUCUGGAGAGGGUAGCGAACAAGAGUCGAUUUAUGAAAAGCUCCGUUUGCUAAACACUCAAAACGGCUCGGUAUUAGACGUUCAGUGCCAGAGUCAGGGUCAGCUUAUUACAAGCAUGCCACACCAUUUCAGUCCCAUUUCCCCCCAUGUGAAUCACUCGCUACAACAACCCCAUGGACACAAUCCACAGCAGGGCUGGCCACCUCGUCAUUAUUCUACUGGAUCUUGGUAUACAUCUCCUCCGAAUAACAGCCAAAGUGCUACUUCAUCAGAAGUUAUAGCGUCUACAACUGGAUAUAAUAAUGUCCCUACAACGGUUCCUUGUCAUUCUCUAAGCCCUCGAACUGAUCUUAUAGAUAUCGGGGCGCCAAAUGUCCAUUUGAGUAACUGUUCUAUCACCGAAGACGAUGCCAUACUUAAAAAAGAGCUCGAUGGCCAACAUUCAGACGAAACAGUCUCCGGGGAAGGAGAUAAUUCAAACGGUGACACAUCCAAUACUGGAACUACGGAAGAUGAUCAUGCCAGAAUGAUACUAAAAAGAAAAUUACAAAGAAAUCGUACAUCAUUUUCAAAUGAACAGAUUGACAGUUUAGAAAAAGAGUUUGAAAGAACUCAUUAUCCAGAUGUCUUUGCCCGUGAGCGAUUAGCUGGGAAAAUUGGAUUACCCGAAGCGAGAAUUCAAGUCUGGUUUUCAAAUCGGCGUGCAAAGUGGCGUCGAGAAGAAAAGCUAAGGAACCAACGUCGAACUCCAAGCUCGACGGGCACUAAUGCAACACCGUCUACUUCGUCAGCAACAGUUUCUAUUACAGACAGUCCCAAUAGUAUAGUUGGCUGUUCUCCUCUUUUGGUUUCUUCCAGUAGCAGUGGUCUAAAUGCUGUAGUGUCACCACAUCCCAUAUCGACACCAACAGGCGGAGCGGAGACUUCCGAAGCGCACAUUUCAACUUCUGGAUGCGCCCCACAUGCUCGAACUGGAACUCAUGGCAUUGAUGCAUGUCGUUUAAAUGAAGAUGUCGAGGGCUCUACAUGUUCACCGGGAGUUGGAGCUAAUCAACAUCAUCACGUUGCUCACACACUCGUCCAAUCAAUAUCACCGCGCAUUAAUUUUAAUAACGGCUUCAGUAACUCAAUGAGUGCCGUGUAUUCGAGUAUGCAUCAUAAUACUUUAUCGAUGAGUGACGGAUAUGGUUCCGUGACAUCAAUACCUACAUUCAGUCAUUCAUCAAUGGGAUCCUUAGCACCACCAUCACCGAUUUUGCAACAGAGAGACCUGACACCACCAUCCGUAUCCAUGUAUCCGUGCCAUAUGCCACUACGUCCUCCGCCCUUAGCAUCUCAUCAUAAUCUUGUGGGUGUCGGUGCAGGUCUGGGAACAUCUUCAAAUGAAGUUGCAAAUGUCAGCAGCAGUCCAAAUAUAGCAUCAAAUCCACACGGCUCGAAUGGGACAAAAAGUGUUAAUAAUGAUGUAGCUGAUUACGAAGCAAAUUUGACUUACGGAUUGCCACCGCCUCCACUGCCAAUAGCACCACCAACGGCACCAAAUUCCCUUAGCAUCUCUGCCGCCCACCACCCCCAAAUGGAGCAUCAUCGCCAAUCGAAUUGUAGUCCCAUACAAAUGAGCCAUGGUCAAAGUUUUGCUAACGAUAGUACAUCACAUGCAAUACCGUCAUAUGCACACAUGAGCUACAACUAUGCAGCAGCGGCUGCUGCAGCUAACAGUGUAGCACCAUCGGAUAGCAAUCAUAAUAACUCACACGUUUCCGGAAAACAACAGUUUUUUGCAUCUUGCUUUUAUUCACCUUGGGUUUAA